CUCUGGCAAAUACGGAAUCAGGUGGUGCACGAGGGACAAACGUGGCUGCCAGCUCAGCAACUCGACUACAUGUGGUUGACGUGCAUGCGCCAGCUCAACGCAAUAGCGCGUCGGAAGCGCCUUCGAGCGCCAACGAAGAUACAAGGAAUGCAGUUUCAACUAAGCCUCGACUGUUUUGCAGACAUAGGCCUAGAAGCGAAUCCGAUGGAUACCCUUCCGCAGCCUGCGGCGUGGGUUAAACAGACAGAGCCCGCUCUGAUCACUAGACUUAGAACAUACCAGGCAGCUAUUAACUAA